CAUCAAUUCUCUGCGUGUCUAUGUUUCGACGUCUGCAUCAUACAAGAGAAUCUGUGAGCUUCUAAUGUGGCUGUAUGCACAGAAUGCACUUGCAUUGCCUGUUAAUCAUCAGGAUAGUUCAACACAGCCCGCGAUGUAUAUACUUGUGGCGUCAUUGGAUGCGAGCCUGAACAUCAGCCGCACACGAUGUCCAAUUCAGCUCACAUUGCCUAUAACCUAACAACUAUCUCAAUCAGCCGUACACGUGCUUCAGCUCUCCUGAAAUUACUCCGCCUCUUUUCUUUGCUCCGCCUCGACGCUGCCUGACCCUACAACUGCCUUCGUCGUUCCUGCAGCAUAACAGCGUCCACGAUGCAGACAUCGCACAUCAGUCCAUCCCAACAGGCCACUGAAAACCCACACGCAAACUUAUUACAACGAUGGAGAUAACGCCUCGAAACGUGCGGUUCACCCACACUCCGCUGAAUCUCAAAAGUCGCGAGAUACGCCUUCUCACGAUCGAACGGAGUUCCGAACCGUCGAGCCCAAUUCAGAUCACCCUAAAGCACGUCGAACUUAAUGGGCAUAUCAAUGCUCUUACCCGCUACCGUGAGGAGGUAGCAAGACUUGAAUCUAUUGGAUGGGCCAAAAAAGCGCGGAGAGAGGCUAUAUAUGAUAAGAUGUUCCACGGAACUUUCGACUUCAUCGCGUUAUCUUACACUUGGGGCUCUGAGUUGCCAGUACAAGACAUAUUUGUUACAAGCCCAGAGUGCCGCGGCUGGCUUUCUGUUCGGCAGAACCUCUACGACUUUUUGAAGACAAGGCGAGGCUGUGACUCGGCUUGGUUCUGGAUCGAUCAGAUAUGCAUUAAUCAAGGACAAAACGACGAAAAAGCUCACCAGGUCAACCAAAUGGCAGACAUAUACAGCGUAGCCGCCGUCGAAGUCUGGCUUGGUUCUGGAUUUGAAGGAAGCGACGAAUUUAUGGAUUUGAUCCUCCGCGAAAGUGUUGACUCGAUUCAGAUCUCCAACCCAGAGCUCGUCAUGAGUAAGCAGGAGAUACUUGAGCUCGUCCCAUCUUUAGACCGCUUCGUAAGUCUGCCAUAUUGGUCGAGACUAUGGGUAAUCCAGGAGGUGAUACUGAGUAGAGUUGUUGAUAUACGCAUCGGCUCAAAGACCAUUUCAUGGUAUACAUUCUUCUCGAUUUUACAGAAAUUGAGGUCAGCAUGUCAAAUUUUGGGCAUUGCGGAAACAGUUGAAGCUCUGGGGUAUAACUAUGAAGCUGGAGGUACCCGAAUAUGGAGGAUUGAGUUCAGCCGAGGUCGCACGGAUCAUCAGUGGGACUCUAUUGGGAGAUUGGUUUGGGGAGCAGAAUGUUCAGAUCUGCGAGAUCGAGUGUUCGGUGCCAUGGGUAUGGUCCACCCUUCGCUUCGAGUAUUUCCCGACUAUUCGAUGCAGCCGCAGGAUGUGUUGCUGAUGCUUCUCACCAAGCAUGUAGAAGUCACGUAUGCCGAAAUCAUGGGAACGGAAAGCCGGGUAGAUGAUUUUGACGAGGGGGACUCCGCGCAUCUUCAUGUUCCGGCCUUCAGACAAGACUGUGUUGAUCUAGCAGCGUGUUGGCUUCCGCAACUCGAGGACGAUAAGAACAGGAUCAGUUCAAAAUCUGUCCGGCGUCAUUUCCUCAAGAUUCUACCCUUGGAUCCGCCUGCGCUCAACUACAGGUUUGGACGAACAUGGCAAUUAAAGUCUUAUCUGUGGUACAAAAUUCCCAACGAGCGGAGCAUGCGGUGGCAGCUUUCAAGAGCAGGCGUCGUGCGGCUUGCACAUGUAUUAGACCGCAUCAAGCCUAAAGCGAAGUACGGCCUUGCUGGCCAUGAUUGGCAGUUUGCAGACUCAUAUAGUAUUUGCGGGUAAUUGUUAGCGUCAAGCUUGUAGAAGUACCUCUUGGUAUUUCCUGAGGUGCGAUCGCUCACCUUUUGAUACACGA